AUGCUAGCAUUCUUUGUAUCCUCCCUUUUACUCCUACAACUGGUGUUUGGUGCUCCCAACAUGGAAGAGUUGGAGGGCACCUGGGUGUCCAAGUCUAAUACUGUCUUUACUGGUCCAGGCUACUAUGAUCCCGUGGACGAGCUUUUAAUCGAACCUGCUUUGCCUGGUAUUUCUUAUUCCUUCACUAAAGAUGGCCACUACGAAGAGGCCUUGUACAGAAUCACGUCCAACCCAAGAAACCACUCGUGUGCUAUUGCCAGUAUGACCUUCCAGCACGGUCUGUAUGAGAUCUUGAGUAACGGGUCUGUUGUGCUUAAGCCUAUUGCCGUGGACGGUAGACAGCUUUUGAGUGACCCUUGUGGUGGUAAGGCCGACGAGGCCCAGUACAAUAGAUACGUGCAACCAACAUGGUUCGACAAGUACCAGGUUUCCAUUUCCGACUACCACGGAAGAUACAUGUUGCAGAUAUACCAGUUCGAUGGCGCUCCAAUGCAGCCUUUGUACUUGGCCUACAAGCCACCUAUGAUGUUGCCUACUGGCGCUUUGAACCCUACCGACAAGUCUGAGCCCACCAAGGCUUCUUUGCGUAAGCGUGUGAGAAGAUCGCUUGAGAACCAGUACCGUACGAACGCCGUGAGAGAACCAAGCCACUUGUUUGAGAAAUUCUACUGGGUUGGCGUGGUUCUUUUGGGUGCUGGCUCUGCUGCCAUGUUGCUCCGCUAA